CAAAAGGGUCAGAGAAGUGUUCAUUCUUUCACAAUGUUGAGUCGUUUCGGUGCUUCUCGAUUCGCGUCGAAGCUUUCACCGGUCAUUCGUUCACAGUCGCGGACAUUCGCUGGGCAAAAGCCGUUUCACAUUGACACUCCCGAAAACAACUUGGAAGUUCAUUUUGAUUUUACUCUGGAAAACUACGAUCGUGUCAAGUACAUCAUGGCCAAGUAUCCUAAUAACUACAAGCAGGCUGCAAUGAUUCCCUUGUUGGAUCUGGCACAGCGCCAACACGGUGGCUGGUUGCCCUUGACAGCUAUGCACAAGGUUGCAGCGAUUUGCGAAGUCGCCCCCGUCCGUGUGUAUGAGGUGGCUUCGUUUUAUACUAUGUUUAACCGCAACCCAGUUGGCAAGUACUUUAUCCAACUCUGUGGAACUACACCUUGUAUGAUCUGCGGAAGCGAAGAUAUCAAGCAGACAAUUGAAAAACAUCUUGGUAUCAAAAAUGGUGAAACGACCAAGGACGGUUUGUUUACUCUACUGGAAGUCGAAUGUUUGGGCGCUUGUGCGAAUGCUCCUAUGGUGCAGUUGAACGACGACUACUAUGAAUGCUUGACACCGGAUACGACGAUUGCGUUGUUGGAAUCCUGCAAGGCUGGAAACCCGCCGGCCAUGGGCAAGUGGGGAUCUCUUCCAAUGAACGGACAAGUAAGCUGUGAAGGCCCUAAGGGCAAGACAUCUCUGAAAGAAAUUGUGGUUCCUGUGGUUGACAAGACGAGAUUCGAAAAAGGUGAAGUCGAUCCCGCAAAAAUUAAAAAGCUUAUGGCCUACUAAUUGUAAGCAGACAUAACUUGG